CUGCCUAUGAUAAGCUGCUGGCUUUAUGCCUUUAUAAGAUUGUGCGUUAGUAUUGGCAAUAGAAUUGACUCUUGCUUCUGGCUCCGAGCAGAUCUUGCACGCCUGUGGCGCCAUUGCCCAAUCAGCGCCCCCAAGCGGCCCCGCCGGAUGUCAGUGGCAGUCGGUGGCACCCGGGAUGCUUGUUAAUGCUUGUUUUCUCUUCUUGCUCUUUCCCCCUGCCUCUCUCCCUAUAUCUCGCCUAUGCUCCUAUCACCAUGGUCGUAUCACCUCUACGACUGACUUUGACGCACAAUUGCGGCAGUACCAGCAGUCUCCUUUCUCUCUUGCCCUGUCUUCUCUGAUUUACCCUGUUCUGCUUGUGAAAUUUUGUUGUGGCAAUUCGCAGGCGAAAUCGCAGACGGUUCCAUGUCACCAGGUCCGGAGAUUGCCAUUUCGGGAUCUAACGAGCCCCACAGAACCGCGCGCCAGGCCCAGCCAGCCGGUGCCGGCGCUUGCGGGGUGCAGCAACUGCCUGUGUUUUAGCCUUAGUUUUGCCCUGCCAGUUUUGAAAACCUUGACUUCUUGUAAUUGAUGAAGAGCGGCGAGGCAGCUAUUUCGCCACAUUCUACCCGCCAGAAUUUUCUCAUCCCAGCCAUCAAAUCACCCCGCCGCAUCCGGGCAAGUUUAACUGGGGCAUGAACCACGGACGUGCACUAUUAUCUAA